AUGGGCGAGGCGCCAACGACAGCGACGACGACACGUCCGACUGCGGCUCUCGACCUCGACACCGACUCGUCCUCCUGGCACCGCGAGGGGCCCGUCAGACUGCUCCAGGGCGAUCGUUGGACGAGGAAGAACGGUCCUGUCGCGUGCGAGCCCUGCAGGCGACGACGAGUGCGCUGCUCGAGCUUCGAGACGGGCGCCCCGUGCCUCGCCUGCAUUCGGCGCAACGAGGACUGCAGCGUCGGCGACGACACGUACACGCCCGACACGCCGUCCACGACCAUCUUCGUCCCGAUCCUCCCUCCUCCUCCCGCACCCUGCACCUCGCCCAUCUCCUCCUCAGCGGCGCCACCUGCGCUCGACCUCGACGCCGUCAACACAGCGCUCGAGAGCCGCAUACCUCGUCCCGCUCCCCUCGUGUGGAAGUCGACCGACGACUCGCUCCAGCACAGCGGCCCGUCGACUCGCGGCUUGCGGCAGAAGCGCCCGGCGCCGAGCUACGUCGACGACGAGCCCGACCCGCCAACAAUCGCUCCUCGUCCCCCGCUCAAGAAGCGCUCGCCCGCCCUGCCCGCCAACGACGCGCCCUCGGACCCCGACAUCCACCUCGAGCAGCUCGAGCCGACACUCGACAUGUGCUCGAGCAGCGCGGCCGAGCGCAUCCGCCGCACGAGCCCAUUCCGCCCCACGCACCUCAAGCUGCGCCGGCAUGUGCCCGAGGCGCCGGCCUCGCACCUGCCGUCGACCGUCAAGCUCGCCGUCUUCUGCUCGAGGACGAGGACGCUCGCGCGCCUCGAGGCGCUCAAGGCGGCGUCGCGUCGUGCACUCGAGCUCGUAAAGCGCUCGCCCGCCUCGCACUCGUUCCCCCUCUCCUCGGCGCGCGACGAGCCCGUGCCCAGCCGCCGCCCCCUCAUCCUGCCGCCGUCCUCCUCCUCGCCUCCCUCGCACGUCCUCCUCGCCGCCUCGACGCGCCGCGACAGUCUCGCGUCGUCCUCGUCGCUCGUUUCCGAGAGAUCGGCGCUGUUUGAGCGCGCCGCGGUGAGCGAGAGGCGCUGGAGCACGGCGACGAGCGCGAGCAGCAUCGAGGGAGGGAUCGUCGGACGCGAGGGCGGGGUGGCGGCGUGGCACGGCGAGUCGUGA